AUGACGGCCACCGUGGAGCAGCAGUGCGAGCAGCAGUGCGAGCAGGAGCGGCCACUCAACAUCGCCAUCCUGCUCAACUCGUUCCGCUCGCCCUUCAUUGCCGAGAUCCGCGAGUCGUACGUGCGCUCCAUCGGCGCCGUCGCCCCCGAGUGCCGGCUCUCCUUCUUCUACCCGGCCGACUGCCCCGGCGACUUCCCAGACCCGGAUGCCUUCGACUUGAUCGUCGUCGGCGGCAGCAACACCGACCCCCGCCAGCAGCACGCCUGGAUCCAGCGCGUCCAUCACUUCAUCGUCAGCAUCGUCGCCGACUACCCCAGCAAGAAGCUGUGCGGCAUCUGCUGGGGCCACCAGACCAUAUCCCUGGUCUUUGGCGGCCAGAUCGUGGACAUGGAGACGCCAGAGCUGGGGGUGACGGAGUCAAAGAUGACCCCGGCCGGGCGGCGCUUCUUUGUGCGCGGCGGCGGGCAGGAUGGCGACGGAGUGGUGCGGCUGCAGCAGCACCACCGGCGGGCGGUGGGCGCCCGGCCCGAGGGCUUCCACGAGCUGCUGGCCGGGCACCAGGCGUUCCUGAGCUACAACAACGCCAUUCUCACCUUCCAGGGCCACCCUGAAAAGGACGCCGAGACGGCCAAGCUGCGCGUCAAGGACGCCGUGCGCUGGUUCGGCACCGACCUGGCCGACAAGCAGGCCGUAGAGGACCUUGUGUGGCGCAUGGAACUGCAGCACGACGGGCUAGAGAUCUGGGAGCGCGUGUUGCAGUGGACGCGGGAACCUUGA